AUGUUUGCCAAUCCUCUGAAUCGCGGACUCAAGAACACGGCUGCGCAGCUUGUGGCCAAGCGCGGCAAGGCUGAUAUUGCUAUCCGCAAGACCACGGGCAAGGUCUAUGUCGGACGCGGAAACUACGGCCGCCAGUCGUGGAACGGCCAGGUUGCGACUGUGUUCGGAUGCACCGGUUUCCUGGGGCGCUAUGUGGUUGCGCGGCUGGCACGCGAGGGAACCAAGGUGAUUGUGCCGUACCGCGGCAUCCCACGGGCGACCUUGGGCAUGAUCAUCCCGAUGGAAUUCGACCUGCGCAACCCGUACCAGAUCGAGGAGUGCGUCCGCCAUUCGGACGUGGUCAUCAACCUGAUCGGCCGCAACUGGGAGACCAAAAACUUCUCCUUCGACCAGGUUCACGUCGAGGGCGCCCAGCGGAUCGCCGAGAUUUCGCGCGACGCGGGCGUGUCCCGCCUGAUCCACGUGUCGAACCUGAAUGCCCGCACCAACGCCCACUCCGACGCCCUGGUCACCAAGGCCUUUGGCGAGCAGCGCGUGCGCGAGGCCUUCCCCGGCGCCAACAUUGUGCGGCCCGCGACCAUGUACGGCUACGAGGACGAGCUGCUGAACAACAUGGGCCGGUUCAAGUACUUCUACAUGACGGUCAACAAGGGGCAGCAGAAGGUGCGCCCCGUGUGCGUCUCUGACGUGGCCCACGCCAUCGACAUCAUCCGCGACGACGAGGCGACUGUCGGCGAGACCUACGACCUCUACAACCCAAAGGAGUACACGCGCCAGGAGCUCAUCGAUGUUGUCAACCUGCUCCUGCACGAGAAGCUGUGGCAGGUCGACCUGCCGCCCAAGAUGCUGCGCCUGGCCGCCAAGAUCGCCGACAUCUUGCCCUACCACUACACAAGCCAUCACGAGGUCGACCUGAUGUCUAUCGACGAUAUCCCCAGCAAGGAUGCCGCCGUCAAGACCUUCGCCGAUCUGGGCAUCGAGCCGCACAAGUUUGAGCUCAACGCCCUGCAGUACAUCCGCCACUACCGCCCGUCGCAGCACGAGGAGGACCCGCUCGAGCCUGCUGGCUACAAGGCCUUCCGGAAGAACCAGCUGCCGGUGGCCCCCGACAACAAGGACAUCGUCGUCUAA